AUGAAGUGGUUUUCUUUCGCCCUUGCCAUCUGCGCGUCUUCGCCGUCGCAGGCGGCCCUUCGGUUUGGAUGCGGCACUGUGAGCAUUCAACGACUAGAUCCUCUCGUGCAACCAGGCAAGACCCCUUCGGCCCAUCUGCACCAGAUCGUGGGAGGUAAUGCAUUCAACGCCACCAUGUCAGGCGACAUUGGCAACCAAGGCACCUGUACAACUUGCACUUUCUCCGAGGACUUUUCGAAUUACUGGACCGCCGUCAUGUUUUUCAAGCACCCGACCAACGGGUCUUACAAACGGGUGCCGAUCAUGGAGAAUGAUGCUCUUCCUGCUGGUAUCAACGGAGGAAUGACUGUAUACUACACACAACAGGACUUCUACUCAAACGGUAACCAAAAGAUCACGGCGUUCAAGCCAGGCUUCCGAAUGACCGUGGGUGACCCAACGACCACCGGGUCAGGGGCCGGGAACUCACAGAAGGGUCUCAAAUUUGUCUGCCUCCAAAACAAAUCAACAAGAUUCCCUGAACUCGACAACUUCCCGACGUCGCCGUGCCCCGGUGGUAUUAUGACCGUACACCAUUUCCCAUCAUGCUGGGAUGGAAAGAACCUAGAUACCCCGAAUCACCAGGACCAUAUGUAUGAUACGCAAACCGGUGCCUUCCAACCGGCCGGAGCUUGUCCGGCGUCACACCCCGUGCGUAUGCCCCAAGUGGCUUACGAGACCCUUUGGGACACGGCGAAGUUCGCUUCAAUGUGGCCUAGUGGGACCCCCAACCCAUUUGUGAUGAGCUACAUGGGCAAGGACGGUGGCUUGAACGGCUACGGUACCCAUGCCGACUAUGUAUUUGGAUGGAAAGGUGAUGCGCUCCAGCGUGCUAUGGACUCGAAUUGCAUGUUCCAGGGGUGUGAGAACGGCAACCCUCUCAAGUCGCAGAGCGUGGCACAGAUGAAUGCCUGCAGCGCUAAAAAGCAAGUCAACGAGGACAUUGAUGGAUGGCUUACCGACCUCCCAGGCAUGUCUGGCAUGUGA